AUGAUUCAGCAAUUGAUAGCACAAAACUAUUUCCCCCAACAAGCAUUACAUGCAAUCUUUCGUACUUAUAGGAAAGUUUGUGCGUCCCUGUGGAAAACAGAAGGGAAUAAAAGAAGAAAGAAAAAACAUUUCCCACAUCAUAAAUUGCCAAGGAACAUCGAUAGAUGGGAAACCAGGGCUUCGAAUAGUAAACCAUUGAAAUGGAAAAAUGAUUAA